GCCGCCCGUGCCAGCUCCCGGCGCUCAUUGAGAAAAGGAGCGAGCAGAAGCGCCUGCAACGCGGCGGGUGGAGGGAAGCCUGCGGCCGCGCGGGCGCUGGACCGCACCCCCCACCCACCCACCCCCGCGUUGGGCGGGGGGGGGGACCCCGGGAGUUUGAAGCCUGCCGGAGCAUCUUCGGAAGAUGAGGGGCGCUCUGGACGCGCACGGGGAGAGCACUGGCCAGCGGCGAUCGAGGCCCGGGAUUGCUUUGGGAGGUGCCUGUCUCCGCCUGCUCGGGUGCCCGGCCGGGAAGAGGCAGCGGCCGCAGCCCUGAGCCUCCCCCCGACCCCAUCCCCAACCCCGGGCGCCUCUUUGUCAUCCCGACUGGCCCCCCUUCCCUGCACCCUGCUCUUCGCUGCUCUUUGCAGAGGACCCGCCGCGUGGCCAGCCGAGAAGUCCCUGCUAACCAUAACAGUCAUAAAUCCUGCUGGGGGGCGGGCAAGUGCGGCUGCUGCCUGCGGCUUCUCUGUGGUUCCUGGCAUUUUGGAAUAUCUAUGUUCACUUAGGAAAAAAAAAAAAUACCUGAAACAGUCCCUGGAUUAGCCAAGAGAAAAGGAAGUUUUUUUUUGCCAAGAAGGAAGUUAAUGCAAGGUGGUCCCCUCUCCCUCCCCCUGAACCUGGGAGCACAACCUUCAAGGACUCAGGACCACCCUCCAGACGGACCCAGCAAGCAUGGGGAGGGGGCUCUGUGGGCUUGGUGGGCUCUGAAGCCAAGGCCAGAGCGGGUCAGAACUUCCGGCCUGUAUGAUGCCCGAGGACCGCAGCCACGGGGGGCGUCCGGCGGGGGCGCCGGCAUCCACGCCUUUCCUCCCCAAGACCACCUAUAGGAGGAUCAAGCGAUGCUUUAGCUUUCGGAAAGGCAUCUUUGGACAGAAGCUGGAGGACACUGUCCGGUAUGAAAAGAGAUACGGAAACCGCCUGGCCCCCAUGCUGGUGGAGCAGUGCGUGGGCUUCAUCCGACAAAGGGGGCUCAAGGAAGAGGGUCUCUUCCGGCUGCCGGGCCAGGCGAACCUCGUGAAGGAGCUCCAGGAUGCCUUCGACUGUGGCGAAAAGCCAGCGUUUGACAGCAACACAGACGUGCACACAGUGGCUUCGCUCCUGAAACUGUAUCUCCGAGAGCUCCCAGAGCCAGUCAUUCCUUACGCCAAGUACGAAGACUUCUUAUCCUGUGCCAAACUGCUCAGCAAGGAAGAGGAAGCAGGUGUGAAGGACUUAGCAAAACAAGUGAAGAGUUUGCCGGUAGUCAAUUACAACCUCCUCAAGUAUAUUUGCAGAUUCUUGGAUGAAGUACAGUCCUAUUCUGGAGUCAAUAAAAUGAGUGUACAGAACUUAGCCACAGUCUUUGGCCCUAAUAUCCUGCGCCCCAAAGUGGAAGAUCCUUUGACCAUUAUGGAGGGCACCGUGGUGGUCCAGCAGCUGAUGUCGGUGAUGAUCAGCAAGCACGACUGCCUCUUCCCCAAAGACGCGGACCUCCAGAGCAAGCCCCCAGACGGGACGGGCAACAACAACAACGACGUCCCGAAGAAAGCCACCGUGGGUCAGCUGCAGAACAAAGAGAACAACAACACCAAGGAGAGCCCCGGCAGGCAGUGCACCUGGGACAAGCCGCCCGAGUCGCCCCAGAGGAGCAGCGUGGACAACGGGUCGCCCACGGCCCUCGCGGGCAGCAAGACCAGCAGCCCAAGGAACAGCGUGCACAAGCUGGACGUCUCCCGGAGCCCCCCUCUCCUGGUGAAGAAGAACCCCGCCUUCAACAAGGGCAGCGGCAUCGUCACCAACGGCUCCUUCAGCAGCAGCAGCAGCAACACGGAGGGGCUGGAGAAGGCCCAGGGCACCCCCAACGGGGGCUUGCAGGCCCGCAGAACCUCCUCCCUGAAGGGCCCGGGCACAAAAAUGGGCACCCACAGCGUGCAGAACGGCACGGCGCGCCUGGGCGUCCUGAGCGGCGACCCCCUGGGCGCCCCCGCCAACGGCCGCAGCAUGAGCUGGCUGCCCAACGGCUACGUGACCCUGCGGGACACCAAGCCCAGAGAGCAGGCGGGCGAGGCGGGCCAGCACCACCGGCUCUCCACCUACGACAACGUCCACCAGCAGCUGUCCGCCUUGAGCCUGGACGACAAGCAGAGCGUGGACAGCGCCACCUGGUCCACGUCCUCCUGCGAGAUCUCCCUCCCCGAGAACUCCAAUUCCUGCCGCUCCUCCACCACCACCUGCCCCGAGCCGGACUUGUACGCGGGCAACUUUGAGGACCCAGUUUUGGACGGGGCCGCCCAGGAUGACCUUUCCCACCCGGGGGACUAUGAGAACAAAAGCGACCGGAGGAGUGUGGGAGGUCGGAGCAGUCGCGCCACCAGCAGCAGCGACAACAGCGAGACGUUCGUGGCCAACAAUACCGGCAACCACAGCGCGCUCCACAGUCUGGUGUCCAGCCUGAAACAGGAAAUGACCAAACAGAAGAUCGAAUAUGAGUCUAGGAUAAAGAGCUUAGAACAGAGAAACAUGACUUUGGAGACCGAGAUGAUGAGCCUCCACGAUGAGCUGGAUCAAGAGAGGAAAAAGUUCACGAUGGUCGAAAUAAAGAUGCGAAAUGCCGAGAGAGCGAAAGAAGAUGCAGAGAAAAGAAAUGACAUGCUUCAGAAAGAGAUGGAGCAGUUUUUUUCUACGUUUGGGGAGCUGACAGUAGAACCCCGGAGAACGGAGAGAGGAAAUACUAUAUGGAUUCAAUGAACCUGCGUCCUCCCUUUUGUCCUGAUGGGAUCUGGGAAAGACUGUGGGGGGUUCUGGUGGGAAUAUACGGGAUCAGCUGCCCGGUUGCCUGGUUGUGCAGUACUCUCACUGGGGAAGGAAUAUCAUCUAUAGACAUCACACAUCCAUAUCUGCAACGUGUACCAAAGUUAUAUCAUGCCUCAUAUUGCUACUGUCAAGUAUUACAACUGGAUAUGUGUAUAUAGAGUAGUUUUUAAAAAGUAAACUAAAAAUGAGAAGCAUAGCUCCAGAAUUAUUUUAUUGCAAGUCUUGUAUUUAAAAAUGUUAAAUCAAUAUGUUGUUGCAAUUUGGCUUGCUUUCAAGCUUCACCUCUUGCACUUAACAUAAGCUAUUUUUGGCAUUGUGUUAUCAUCAGCUUAUUUUAUAGAUCGAUAUUUUUAUUUCCCCUUUUGUUGAGGAAAUGAAGAUGAGCAGAUAUAUAAAUAUAUAAAGAGUAUAUAUCAGAGGAGUUAUUAAAAUCGAAAGAAUACUUUGUGAUUGUGCUGUUUGUGCCAAUAGACCUUGCCAUGACCAAAAAAAGAGAAGUGUAAAUAGUUUUAUGAAAUAUAGCAGAAUCACCAGGAAUCUUGGAACUGCUCUUUAGGUUCGUCCCUCGAUAGUGCUCAGUUUUGUGUUGUCAGGUGACUUGACCCACGACGUAUGACCGUGUUCAAACUCCCCUUCUCAAAGCCCUGUGCCUGAAUAGCCAGUUCCACAGAGAAAUACCUCCCAUGUGCGAGCACCCCAGAGGGGAGAAGCAGUCAAGGAAAGCGUUGAAUGAGUUGUGCCUUGGAUUUUUCUGUCAUUCUGGAAUGAAUCUCUGUAACUGCUGGACGGUUACCAGAGAAAUUCUCGCGAGUUGGAAUUUGACUAACGAUGCUUGGUCGAUGGUGUCCGUGUGGACUCAUGUCCCCCCUAAACCUUUUCCUCUGCUCCCGACAGUUCCACCGGGAACACUGGCAGAGAUAAGCACCUGCUCAGGUGUGACUGCGGAAUUGUCCCCCAGGACAAACCUGGCAGAAAAGGAGACAGAGGCGGAGUGCAGCCCGGGGAGGCGGGCUGGGGAGGGGAGCGGGAAGGGAAGGAAACGUGGUUUAGCAGAAACGACGAGUUAACCCCCACCCCCCUUUUUUAACCAUCUUGUUUGAUUCCUGGUGAAAACCUCAUAAUUCAUAGCCAUUUUCAACAUGAAUGCUUAAAACGUCUAUUUUGUAAACAUCAAGAAUGGUAAUUUUCUAGAAAUCUCAGAGCUUCCUAACGUUUUGGAAGAACGGUUCUGCACAUUUCAGUAAGACAAGAAACCAGGCAAACCAAUCUCUUUUCCACACUAGAACAAAAGCCACAAAAAAAAAGCAUAACAAGAAAUAAAGCAUACUUGAGUUGA